CCCGUUUCCGCCGGGUGGCUCGCCCAGGGAUAACAUGGAGGUGCGAGGCAGUGGUAACUUCGCAGCAUCUGCUCAGCAUCGUCAGAGCGCGUCAUCCAUGAAUGAUUCGUCAAUGCUUGCUGCACGUUUGAGGGAUUCUGCGUCUUAUUUGCCUCAAGAACCAGGCAACAGCAUGGGCGUGUACUAUCAAAAUGAGGGUAACAUCAGCAGCAAGAUGAUCGGA